AUGACGCGUCGAUCUCUUAGUGCGUAUGUUGUUCUUCUUGGUGAUUCUCUUGUCUCUUGGAAAACGAAGAAGCAACGCACAGUGUCUCGUUCUUCGGCUGAGGCCGAGUAUAGAUCAAUGGUUGAUACAACCUGCGAGUUAAAAUGGCUCAAACGUCUUCUACAUCACUUCGGCUUCACUCAUCCUCAACCUAUGCGUCUCUUUUGUGACAGUCAAUCGGCAAUACACAUAGCCAAGAACCCGGUCUUCCAUGAGCGUACUAAGCAUGUCGAGAAUGAUUGUCAUUAUGAACAUACCUCCAGCUGCCGAAAAGCCUUGAGUGAGUGGAGGAAACAACACAAUAUUAACUCGGCAAAGCUAGUGGAGGAGCUCAAGGAGAAAGUCGAGGGUUUAUACGCAGACGAUAAUGCGAUUACUGAGGAAAUUGCAACAGCGUUGAAAGAACUCUCUGAUGCUCUUAAAGCAGAAGAAAUGAGAGCAAGGAACAAAAUCACGCAGCUACUGGAUGCAAAUGGUAACAUAGUUGAGGACGAGGAAGGUCUGGUAACCAUUGCUACUAGCUAUUUUCGGCAAAUCUUUGAGUCUUCUAUUCCAAAAGACAUUGAAGAGGCGUUAUCUGAAGUUCCUACGACGAUUACGGGAUCAAUGAAUGACAGCCUCACAGCUCAUGUUUCUGAAUGGGAAGUCAAACUAACUAUUUUUGCCAUGCAUCCAGAUAAGGCACCGGGACCAGAUGGGAUGACUGCACUUUUUUACCAGAAGUUUUGGGAUAUAGUCAAGGAGGAUUUAACUCAUAUGAUUAAUAAAUUCCUUUUUGAUGGGACUAUGGCCAAUGGUCUGAAUGAUACAAAUAUAUGUCUUAUCCCAAAGACAACUAAGCCCAAUGAUAUGACUCAAUUAACACCCAUAAGCUUGUGCAAUGUCAGCUACAAGAUCGUCUCUAAGGUCUUAUGCCAGAGACUAAAGAAAGUCUUGCCAGGAUUGAUAUCAGAAACCCAGUUAGCCUUUGUUGCGGGAAGACAAAUUUCGGAUAAUAUCAUGAUUGCUCAAGAAAUGUUUCAUGCCCUGCGAACUACACCGAGUGGACGUAAUAAGAGGAUAGCCAUCAAGACAGACAUGAGUAAAGCAUAUGAUAGGAUGGAAUGGUCGUUUAUUGAAGCUGUGAUGCGAAAGAUGGGUUUCUCCGAAACAUGGAUCACCUGGAUCAUGAGGUGCAUUACGUCGAGGAUUAAUGCAACUACUAGGCAAAAGAUUAAAGACGCACUUGGAAUACAUAAUGAUGGUGGGAUGGGAAAGUACUUGGAAAUCCCAGAGGAUAUUUGUGGCUCUAAAUGCAAACUCUUUGCAUUUCUAAAGGAUAACCUGAUGCAUAGAGUAAAUGGAUGGACAGGUAGAUGGCUCUCAAAAGGGGGGAAGGAGGUAAUGAUCAAAUCCAUUUUGCUCGCUCUUCCGACAUACGUUAUGUCGACGUUUCUACUCCCACUGGAGAUUUGCGAAAACCUCGCUAGUGUCAUUGCACAAUUUUGGUGGAAUUCGAAUCCACCAAAAGAGGAAUACACUGGGGAAAUGAGAAAAGCACUAUUGGCAAAACAAUUAUGGAGAUUGGUUCAGUACCCUGAUUCACUGGUUGUCCGAGUCUUGAGGGGCAGAUACUAUAGGAUGACCUCGCCAUUAGGAGCAAUCUCCGCAAGUAGUCUGUCAUAUGUGUGGACAAGUAUUUACUCCGCAAGGAAGCUUUUGCUUCUGGGGAUCAGACAGAAGAUUCAUUCUGGUUAUGAAGUCAAGGUGUGGGAGGAUCCGUGGAUUCCAACGAUACCUGCUAGACCAGCUACACCUGUAGCACCUGUGAUGCACCCGAAUAUGAGAGUUAGUGAACUCAUUAACAAGGAAUUGAAGGAAUGGGACGUAGGGCUACUAGAGGAUUAUGUCCACCCCGAUGACAUAUCACUCAUACGUAGUAUGGCCAUAAGCUCUACUCAUCGUCGUGAUACUUUUUGCUGGAACUACACGAAGAAUGGCCAAUACACAGGAAUAGACAGAGACCCCUUGGAAUUAGUUCGAUACGCAGAAAGUGAAUGUCAAGCCUGGUUUAAUGCGAACGAGAUGAUACCACCAGUAGUACUGGCCAACAAUAAUGAGGAAAGCCAAGUCUUAAGCUUGGUGGAUGUGGAUGGGUCUGGAUGGAUAGCGGGGAGAACACACAACUUAUGGGAACACGGAAUUUCACUCGAUGUGAAUCAGCAUUGCAUUCAGAGGUAG